CGCCUGAUUAAUCUCGCUGAGCUCACCCCGUACAUCCUAUGUUCCAUUUGCAAAGGUUACCUGAUAGACGCAACUACCAUUACUGAAUGCCUUCAUACCUUUUGUAAAAGCUGCAUUGUAAGACAUUUUUACUACAGCAACAGAUGUCCAAAAUGCAACAUAGUAGUACAUCAGACACAACCUCUUUAUAACAUAAGGUUGGACCGACAGUUACAAGACAUAGUGUACAAAUUAGUGAUCAAUCUAGAGGAAAGAGAAAAAAAGCAAAUGCAUGAUUUCUAUAAAGAAAGAGGUCUAGAAGUACCUAAACCUGCUAUGCCACAGACUGCCCCCUCAAGCAAAGGAAGAGCUAAGAAAGUUCUAGAAUCAGUGUUUCGUAUUCCACCUGAACUUGAUAUGUCUUUAUUACUGGAAUUCAUUGGUGCUAAUGAAGGUACAGGACAUUUUAAGAUUUUCAGUGACUUCGUAGAAGUCUAUGCUAAAAUUCAGCCAUUGGAAAAGAAGUUUGUCCGAGUUUCAGGAGAAGCAACUAUUGGGCAUGUAGAAAAAUUCCUCAGAAGAAAAAUGGGUCUUGAUCCAGCUUGUCAGGUAGACAUCGUCUGUGGGGAUCAUUUGCUGGAGCGGUACCAGACCCUGAGGGAGAUCCGACGGGCAAUAGGGGAUGCGGCCAUGCAGGAUGGUCUGCUUGUUCUUCAUUAUGGUCUUGUGGUUUCUCCUCUGAAAAUAACUUGAAGGGGCGAGCUGUGUCCCGAGCGGGGAAGAAAGUACGGAGGCUUCUGCAGGACCGCAUUGCACCAAAGAUUCCCACAGAGCGCAUCGCUGCCGCCACUUUGUGCUGUGAGGUGUAGCUGAUCUAUUUUUUAGUGCCGGGAUAAAACCUGGGAUGGAGGAAUGCAUCUGUUUCACCAGAGACAAUAUGAAAAGCAGCAGAGCUCAGGAAAAAUUCCUCAAAAUGUUGCAUCUUAAAAUUCCUUGUGAUUCUCCAUACUUUGGCAUUGAUUUUUGCUUCCCAUCUUUGAAGUACAUUGGUUACUGUUUCCUCCUUUGUCAAGUGUGUCCCCUUCAGUUGGGUGGCUGGGCAGGGGUCCUUGCAGGAAAGGGAAGCUGCUGUGGACAGGAGGCGCAGCCAGCCUGCGCUCAGCCACCGGGUGUGGCGGAAGCCCCGAGACGGGCUGCUCCGCAUGUUGCCGUCGUCUUUCGAGCUUGUCUCUUCAUCCAUCCUCCCAACACUGUUGCACUGGGGCCAUCCAGUCCUGACGGAGACGGGCCAUCCCCAUCCAGGCCUGACAGAGACGGGCCAUCCCCCUCCAGUCCUGACGGAGACGGGCCAUCCCCACCCAGUCCUAAGGGAGACGGGCCAUCCCCACCCAGUCCUGACGGAGACGGGCCGUCCCCAUCCAGUCCUGAGGGAGACGGGCCGUCCCCCUCCAGUCCUGAUGGAGACGGGCCGUCCCCCUCCAGUCCUGAUGGAGACGGGCCGUCCCCCUCCAGUCCUGAGGGAGACGGGCCAUCCCCACCCAGUCCUGAGGGAGACGGGCCAUCCCCACCCAGUCCUGACGGAGACGGGCCGACCCACCCAGUCCUGACGGAGACGGGCCACCACCGUCCUCUGUGGAGAGACUGUUCCCUGUAGGGCUCACUGCCCCGCGCCCAAGGCCUUCAGUGUAAUAAAACUUCUUAGCACAUUCUACAAUGCCAGGUGCUUAUCUGUGGUUUUGUUUUUACCCUUAUUUUCAUACACAGUAUGGUUGGUACCCUGAUUGACAUCGCUCCUGAAAGUAAUAAACUUCAGGUGAUUUUCAGAAGUUUACAGGGUACUUGUUUGCUCAGCAGAACAGCUUCAUGUUCAUUUUCUCAUAAUUUUUCACUGGGAUAAAGAAGAAGGGGGUUUGAGAGCUUACUUUCAUGCAGAGUUCAGUUUUAAAAUUAUUUUGCCUAAAAUUAGCAUUUCAGUGCUUUCUAAAAGAAAUAUUUUAUAAACUUUAUUUCACAGCAGAAUUACCAAGUCUGUAUAGAAACACAAAACUAGCAAAGGAUUGGCAGUUGUUUUGUAAAGAAUUUGUGAACUGUGUGUAAUUCUCUUCUAACAUUUAAUAAAAAUUUAUUUUAGCCUA